AUGAGAGCGUUUGUAACACAGUGUCAAGCCAGGCAGCUUCUGCACAACAAGUUCAUUGUCAUUCUUGGAGGCUCAGUGCAGCGCUCCAUGUACAAAGACCUGGUUUUGCUGCUUCAGAGGGAUCAGUACUUGACUCUGCCUCAGCUCAAGUCCAAAGGGGAGUUGUCUUUUGAGCGGGACUGCCUGGUGGAAGGAGGUUCCAUGGGUCCCAUGACAAACGGUACCGAAUACAGAGAGGUCCGACAGUACCGCUCCGACCACCACCUGCUGCGCUUCUACUUCCUGACACGGAUCUACUCGCCCUACGUGGAGAGUGUCUUAGAGGACUUUCGGCAUGGGCUCAAGCCUGAUGUCAUCAUCAUCAGCUCCUGUGUGUGGGACAUCUCCAGGUAUGGCCUGGAAGGUCUUGAAGAGUACAAAGAGAACCUCCACAAGUUCUUUGGCCAGAUCAGAACCAUUGUCUGCCACAACUGUCUCCUCCUUUGGGCUUUGGCCAUGCCACUUGGCAAGAAGAUCAAGGGUGGAUUUUUGGUGCCUGAAAUCAGCCACUUAGGUCCCACGCUGUGCUAUGACAUCAUUGAAGCAAACUUCUACAGUUGUCAGCUGGCUGAUGCCUACGGCUUGGAUGUCCUCGACCUGCACUUUCACUUCCGCCUCAGCCUGCAGCACCGCGUGCCAGACGGAAUCCACUGGGAUGCACUGGCCCACCGAAAGAUCAGCAGCCUUCUGCUGCAGCACGCUGCUGAGGCCUGGGGAGUAAAGCUGCGUGACCCUCCCUCCCUUCUAGAACAAGGUCAGGAACUGGGAGAGGCUGAAAGCAGUCGGGGCCCUGCAACCCUGCUUCCCAGGAACUGCUCCACCUCUACAGGCAGCAAACCUUUGCUGGUGUUGGAGUUGGCCAGUAUGACCCUCCGCUCUCUGUGCACCCUCAUCCUCUUCCAGGUCAAGAUUGUCCAGCUGCUGGAUAUUGGACUCAACACAGACAGCAUUAUAGCACUUUGCCCCCUGCCAGACUGUGGUUACGACAGCAAAUUCAUCUUCAGAUCAGAGCCACAGGCUACAAGGCGGACUUCGAGUUCAGUGCAGGUAUGA